AUGGAUAUUGAAGAUACAAGUGUUUUGUUUGGGCAUUUGGCCAAAGUAUUACAGACUCCAACUACAGAUCUCCCAGAUGAGCGCUUUAAGCUUGCUACCAAACUAGACUACCCAAGCUCAUCUGCACUUGAUCGUUGCAUUAAAAUAUUAAAUUCUCCUCAUGCAGCAGAUAUGUAUGUUCUUCGGGAUGUUGGACUAUGCAUGAUGUACAUUCUGACUGCAUAUGGAAAAGUACGUCGGGUUGAUUUGAUAAACACUGGAUCAGGCACUUUCAUAAACGAUGAGUUCUGUGUCCAACACGAAAACGACAAAAUAGUAAAUGCAGUGUCACAUAUUCUUAUGGUUGCAGAUACAAUAACUUGUAUUCCACCAACGAGAUCUACUAUCCAUCACGUCCUUUUUCUUUUUAGUGUAUCCAUGGGAAACUCGUCGAAUGCAGCUAUUCUUAGACCAUAUACCAUGUCGUGUUUAUUUCAAUGGACAGACAAUCACUGGAAUACAAUACGCGCUCAAUCAGAUGCCAAUGAAACCCCUUACUCUUCACAAGCCAUCAUGGCAUUGUCAUUUUUUGCGGUAGAUCGCACUCAUGACAGAAAUAUUCUCGAAUGGCUAUGGACUAUUGUUGACGGAGUGGAUGCAUGGAAAUCGCUUGUCCAAAAUAUUGCAAGUUUAAAGCUGACAUCUAGUUUGUUUUUAUAA